GGAGAGGCCUUUGGGCGGGAGACAGGAGGCAUGGAGCGGGAGGAAGAGGUUGUUUCAUUUCGUAAGGACUUGGUCUCCAAACUGCUCCAGCUGCACCUUAAAGAAGACAAAAUGAGAGUGACCUCCGAUGCGUUGGUUCUGUUAGCGGAGAUGCUGAAGGUCUUUGUCCAAGAGACAGCAGCUCGAGCCGCUCGGCAGGCCCACGCCGAGGAGCUACCGGUGGUCGACAUCGAGCAUGUAGAAAAAAUCCUUCCUCAGCUGCUCUUAGAUUUCUAGCUCUUGUGUACGGAUGGAAGCAGCUGCUCUGUUACCCUAUUGGAGAACAAAUCAAACCUCUUGGAGAAGACAAGAACCUGCUUGCGCUCAAGACUCGGACAGCCUCUGGAUGGAGAGUGGUAGAGCCUGCCACCUCCUCGUUCCGUAUUCUAGUGACUUUUCCCUUUGGCUUAAGACUCGCGCACUUAUGUUUUCGGUUUAUAUUCCUACAUCUAAGUCUCUUAAUGAGGAGUCGUGUUUUUGAGGACGUCUAAGAAAUGACCAAUAAAAAAGGUGUUAUGACAUG